GUCCCCUGCUUCUUUGGCUACUAGCACCUUCCACUCCAGACAGCAGCCGUUACUCCAGGCCUUGGCUUCCCACCAGCUGUGUGGUUUUGGUGUUUCCUCCUGAGUGCAUUGAGUCAGCCUUGGUUGGGUCUCCUUGCUCCGGCUGCCUGCAAGACUUUGAGAAACACGCAAGAGAGAGGAGGAGUGAGACAAAAAAAGAGAACAACCUUGUGCUUCUCCAAAACAAUACAAGCUCAGGCUCUGAGACUGAUAUCCCGCUCUUCGGGAGAGUAACAACACCUCACCUGAGCAGUAAAUGUCUAGGAUGGAGAAGACCUGGAGCAUCACCUAAAGCGGCACUCUUCCUUCCAGAGGGAUUUGUCAGUGCCUGCAGCAAGGAAAUAAAACAAUGAUCCUGGAAUUCUGGCUGAAUCUGCUGGUCACUUUUAUAACAACGAUACACUAAUGAGUUGUACCUGAGGGACGUUUAAGAAACCCUGUGUGUUUGGACAUGAAUGGUGUUGGCCUCAUGGAAACUCAUACAGUCAUUCACAUGGAUCCAGAUGCUGAUAUGGACUCCUUGCUAGAUCUCAGCUUCCUGUCCGAGGAGGAACAGAGCACUAUUGCAGAAGUGCUGCGGAGAGACUCACAACUCCGACUAUUGGAGGAGGGACGGAUCCGCAAACUGCGGGAGUCUGUGUCUGAUCCCAGCUGGCUGAAAAUCCUCUCUGGAGACUGGUUCUGCGACGUCCGUUCCAAGCGGCACAGUCACUUCGGCUCAGACCUUGUCCGGGCUUCAAUCCGCAGAAAGAAGCCCAGAGCAGUUGAAUGGGGAUUCAAGCAACAGGGUAGCCUGGGAGAUCUGGAACCAAUCAAAGAACCUUCUGCAGAAGAGGAGAAGGAGAACAUCUUUGACAUCCAGGAUACAGUGGACAGUCUUCCCAGUGAGGAACCUCCUCGACUCUCUUGGUCCCAACAUCCACAGGAUGCUACCCGGUCCCUCGAACAGGUGGCUGAGACCAAGCCAGCUAAGCUGAGUGACUCCUUCAGUAGCCUAAGUUCGGAGACUGAGGACGAGGAGAAACAACUGAACGACCUGCAGCCAGCCAUUGUGGUUUCAGUGCAGAGUAACGGAAGCCAGGAAGAUGGCCGGGAAGAAGCUUCAGGUUCUUCCCCUCCGAAGACCAACAUAAGUUCCCAGAAUAAAGCGCUGAGCACCAGUUCUUCAGUCUCCAGUCUGACCUCAUCCACAAUGAGUGGAAGCCUCAUGAGCGUGUUGAGCGAUAACGAACUUGGGAGCGUGGAUGUCCGUGGCUGCAUCCAGUUCUCCUUGCAGUAUGACCCCAGAAAGAGGGAGUUGCAAAUUCAUGUGAUCCAGUGCCGAGACCUUGCAGAAGCCAGGAAGCAGCGGACAGACCCGUAUGUCAAAACCUAUCUUCUUCCUGACAAAUCCAACCAAGGCAAGAGGAAAACAGCCAUCAGGAAGCGGAGUCUAGAUCCCAUCUUCAGUGAGACGCUGAAGUACAAGAUUGACAAGGCUGAGCUCCAGGGUCGCACCUUGAACCUAUCCGUCUGGCAUCACGAUUCCUUAAACAGAAAUCUCUUCUUGGGAGAAGUGGAGAUAGAGCUGAAGGCCUGGGACUGGAGCAACACCGGUCCCCAGUGGUUCAACCUCCAGCCCAGGACGCCACUCACUCCCGAUGCUCUGCCCAACCGCGGCAAACUUAAUGUAGCCCUGAAGUUUAUCCCAGCUGGCUUGGAAGGGGCAGGGCUUCCUCCCAGCGGAGAGUUGCACAUCUGGGUGAAGAAUGCCCAGAACCUGAUUCCCUUCAAGGGCAGUUCUGUGGACUCCUUUGUUCAGUGCUACAUCCUCCCUGACGACACCAAGGCAAGCCGCCAGAAGACCCGCAUUGUGAAGAAGAGCCUCAGCCCGAUUUUCAACCAUACCAUGGUCUACGAUGGAUUCCAGGCCAAGGACUUGGCAGAGGCAUGUGCCGAGUUCACCAUCUGGGACCAAAUCCACUUCUCCAGGCAGCGGCUCGGAGGCAUCCGACUGAGUCUUGGCACAGGCAAGAGCUAUGGACUGCCAGUGGCCUGGAUGGAUUCAACCGAAGAAGAACGCCACGUAUGGGAGACGGUGUUCAACAAGACAGGCCAGUGGGUGGAAGCCGGCCUUCCUGUGCGGACCAAUUUGAGCCAUAGGACUUAAUCCUCUCCCCGGUUAGUCUGCAGUAGAACACCUGUAUGGGACAAGGAGAUGGAGAUGAACCAAGACCCCUCCUGCAAAGAUCUCUAGCACCUCAUGGCAGCAGAGAGCCCUCCCAGGGUCCCCAGUGCUGCCAACCAUGCCUAAAGGCAUCUUUGCUCUUCCAAAUUCAAGGGGGAGGCUGUUCUUGUAGGCCUGGUGCUGAGAUAAGUUGAAAAACAUACACAUGCAUCCCCUCCUAGGCUAGCCACAGGGUUCUCUGGCUGCCCUCAGUUCCUUUCCCCUCCCUGCUUUGUCAACACAGACAAAUAUGGCUUCCACAUUUUUAUUCACUUCCUUUCUCCUGCACUUUACAUUCCCAUCCUGGUGGUGGCACACUGAGAAACCAACCCCUUCGUCCACUCCUUCAGCCAUCCUGGCCUCCUUUCUGCUCUUCAGGUUAGGCCCGCGAGUGUUUCGGUCAUCUCUUUCUCCCGAUGACAGUCGUGUUUUUCAGCUGCGGCCUUUGCUGCCGAGUGAGGCUCAUAACCCACAGCUUGUAGCAAGCAGGGAGUGUUUGCUGCUCUGCUAAGAGCAGCCCUGGGUGCAACAUUGCAGCGUAGCUCAGAACCCCUCUGCCUCUCUUGCAAAUUCUGGCCUGGGGAAGGAAUACCCCCCUUUUCCCUCAUCUGCAGAAAUGGACUCCGGGCGAGGUUUCCUUCAGGCCUUGUUUCCGGCAGGGGAAGCUGGAGCAGACUUUUCUCACCGAACAGUAGAUGAGAUUUAAGCAGCCGCCUUUCACUGAGGCAAGAUGGGGAUUGAGCUUUCUGCCGUUGAGCUUCCUUGCAGCUUUGCAAGGAUACAGUCUACCAAUAGUGGGGCCUGUAUGGCUCGAGACAUUGUCCGCCCUGUCCUCUCACUCUGCUCUGGAAUGCUGGGCGUGGCUUUGCCGGUGUUCUGUGAUGGCCCUCCAGAUGCAGCACACCAUUCCGCCUCUGCCAGAAGAAGAAAGGACAAUUGCAGGCGUUAAACCUCUUGCUGGUUAGGCUGAGGUGGCUCACAAUGCCUUGGACUAUGGCACAGGAACAGCUAAGGGCAGGAAAGGCCCAGCAGCUCAGUGGGCCUGUCCUGUAAAACUUGACCAUUCAGAACCACAUGAGUGGCCCAGGAAAUGAUUCGACUGCCCCAAAGGGCUGCAGUCACCAAUAAAGGGUCUUAAUCUAUCUGCUGCUACCUCUUCAAUGGCUUCCAUGAGUUUGGUUCUUUUUCCCACUUCAAGAAGUAGUGACUGGCUUCCAUAGGAGUGGGGAUAUUCAGGUCACAGGCUUUGGGCCUGCCUGCUGUUGGAACCGCACCUCUGUUUUACAACCAAAAUAAACUGUGGGUUGCUUAUUGUG